UUGCAAAGAUGGUUUCUGCCAAGAAGGUACCCGCGAUCGCGCUGUCCUCCGGGCUCAGUUUCGCCCUCCUGCGCUUCCUGUGCCUGGCGACUUGUUUAAACGAGUCCCCAGGACAGAACCAAAAGGAGGAGAAAUUGUGCCCAGAAAAUUUCACCCGCAUCCUGGACAGUUUGCUCGAUGGUUAUGACAACAGGCUGCGUCCUGGAUUUGGGGGUCCUGUUACAGAAGUGAAAACUGACAUCUAUGUCACCAGCUUUGGACCUGUUUCUGAUGUUGAAAUGGAAUACACAAUGGAUGUGUUCUUCAGACAGACAUGGAUUGACAAAAGACUCAAGUAUGAUGGCCCCAUUGAAAUUUUAAGAUUGAACAAUAUGAUGGUAACAAAAGUGUGGACCCCAGAUACUUUCUUCAGGAAUGGAAAGAAAUCCGUUUCCCAUAAUAUGACGGCUCCAAAUAAGCUGUUCAGAAUUAUGAGAAAUGGCACGAUUUUAUACACAAUGAGACUCACCAUAAAUGCGGAGUGUCCCAUGAGAUUGGUGGAUUUCCCCAUGGAUGGCCAUGCGUGCCCUUUGAAAUUUGGGAGUUAUGCAUAUCCGAAGAGUGAGAUGAUCUAUACCUGGACAAAAGGUCCUGAGAAAUCAGUUGAAGUUCCAAAGGAGUCUUCCAGCUUAGUUCAGUAUGACUUGAUUGGGCAAACCGUAUCAAGUGAAACUAUCAAAUCGAUUACGGGUGAAUAUAUUGUGAUGACGGUUUACUUCCACCUCCGACGGAAGAUGGGUUACUUUAUGAUUCAGACCUACAUCCCCUGCAUCAUGACAGUGAUUCUUUCUCAAGUUUCCUUCUGGAUAAAUAAAGAAUCAGUUCCAGCUAGGACUGUAUUUGGAAUCACCACGGUCCUGACCAUGACCACCCUCAGCAUCAGUGCACGGCAUUCCUUGCCCAAAGUGUCCUACGCCACCGCCAUGGAUUGGUUCAUAGCUGUCUGCUUUGCUUUUGUAUUUUCGGCUCUUAUUGAGUUUGCUGCUGUCAACUAUUUUACUAAUAUUCAAAUGGAAAAAGCCAAAAAGAAGACAUCAAAACCCCUUCAGGAGCCCCCCGCUGCUCCAGUGCUGAAGGAAAAGCCCGCUGAAGCACCUGUGCAGAAUACAAGUGGCAAUUUGAACAUGAGAAAAAGGACAAAUGCUUUGGUUCACUCUGAAUCUGAUGUUGGGAACAGAAUUGAGAUGGGAAAUCAUUCGAGCAAAUCUUCCUUGGUUGUUCAAGAAUCUUCUGAAGCCACACCUCGGUCUUACUUAGCUUCCAGUCCAAACCCAUUCAGCCGUGCAAAUGCUGCUGAAACUAUCUCCGCUGCAAGAGCGCUCCCCCCCGCAUCUCCUUCUACUUCUAGCCAGACUGGGCCUGUGUCCCGACGAGCUUCCCUGGGAGUUGCUGCAACUCAGCGUUUGUUUGGCUCGAGACUGGAGAGGAUUAAGACCACAGUCAACACCACAGGGGCUGCUGGGAAAUCCUCAGCCGCCGCCCCUCCCUCGGCUCCACCACCUUCUGGAUCUGGUACAAGUAAAAUAGACAAAUAUGCCCGGAUUCUCUUUCCAGUCACAUUUGGGGCAUUUAACAUGGUCUAUUGGGUGGUUUAUUUAUCUAAGGACACGAUGGAAAAAUCAGAAAGUCUAAUGUAA